AUGGCUUCGCGCGCGGUGGGCGUGGCUGCGGUGGCCGUUUUCGGCCUCGCCACGGUGGCCUUUGUGGCUCCUAGCUCUGGGGCACGCCGCCUCCGCGCCCCAGUUGCGCAGCCGGCCGCCUUCGGUGCGUCUGCGCCUUCUGGCACCAGCGGCCUGUGGACCGCUUGCUCCCUGGGUGGUGUGGUGCUGGCUGUCGGAGCUGCGGUGACCAGGCGUGCGGAGAGCAAGGAGAUCGUGGUGGAGUCCAUCCCCCGGCCAGAGGAUUUGCUGGAGUCCCCAAAGUUCCCCAUGUUCGAGGGUUCAACCGGCGGCUACAUGUCCCGGUCCACUCGCGAGCGACAUGCCAUCACCUGGACGGCCAAGGACCAGAACAAGUUUGAGAUGCCCACUGGAGGCUUUGCCAUCAUGAACAAGGGUGAGAACCUUUGCUAUUUCAGGAAGAAGGAGCAGUGCAUUUCUCUGGGCAAGCAGCUGCGCAAGAUGAAGAUCGAGAACUACAAGAUCUACCGCCUCAAGAAGGAUGGCACUGUGAUCUUCAUGCACCCAGCGGAUGGCGUGUUCCCUGAGAAGGUCAACAAGGGCCGCGUGCAGGCCUUGAAGAGGGUGCAGGACGACCGCAAGGCCAAGGAGUCACAGCUGAAGCGCUGGCUUCCUGACAGACCAAUGGCUUCGCGCGUGGUGGGCGUGGCUGCGGUGGCCGUUUUCGGCCUCGCCACGGUGGCCUUUGUGGCUCCUAGCUCUGGGGCACGCCGCCUCCGCGCCCCAGUUGCGCAGCCGGCCGCCUUCGGCACGUCUGCGCCUUCUGGCACCAGCGGCCUGUGGACCGCUUGCUCCCUGGGUGGUGUGGUGCUGGCUGUCGGAGCAGCGGUGACCAGGCGUGCGGAGAGCAAGGAGAUCGUGGUGGAGUCCAUCCCCCGGCCAGAGGAUUUGCUGGAGUCCCCAAAGUUCCCCAUGUUCGAGGGUUCAACCGGCGGCUACAUGUCCCGGUCCACUCGCGAGCGACAUGCCAUCACCUGGACGGCCAAGGACCAGAACAAGUUCGAGAUGCCCACUGGAGGCUUUGCCAUCAUGAACAAGGGUGAGAACCUUUGCUAUUUCAGGAAGAAGGAGCAGUGCAUUUCUCUGGGCAAGCAGCUGCGCAAGAUGAAGAUCGAGAACUACAAGAUCUACCGCCUCAAGAAGGAUGGCACUGUGAUCUUCAUGCACCCAGCGGAUGGCGUGUUCCCUGAGAAGGUCAACAAGGGCCGCGUGCAGGUGAACGGCCGGCCUUUCACCAUCCGGGGCAACCCUCAGCAGUCGGAGCUGAAGUGGACCAAGUACCACAUGAAGUCCUAUGAGGCUGACCCCCUGACGACUCUCUUCAUCAAGGCACGCGUGAUGGCCUUCCAGGAUAUCCCCAAUCUUUUUGCGCUGCCUCAGCCCAACAUGGAGGAGAUGGUUCCUGUGGAGGAGGUUGGAGAGUACACCAAGCAGGAGUACACCACCCGACUCAUGGAGGCCUUGAAGAGGGUCCAGGACGACCGGAAGGCCAAGGAGGCACUUGUCAUCGCCUGUUGCCGUGGUACAGCCCAAGUCACAGCUGAAGCGCUCGCAGGGCUUCCUGACAGACCAAUGGCUUCGCGCGUGGUGGGUGUGGCUGCGGUGGCCGUUUUCGGCCUCGCCACGGUGGCCUUUGUGGCUCCUAGCUCUGGGGCACGCCGCCUCCGCGCCCCAGUUGCGCAGCCGGCCGCCUUCGGCGCGUCUGCGCCUUCUGGCACCAGCGGCCUGUGGACCGCUUGCUCCCUGGGUGGUGUGGUGCUGGCUGUCGGAGCUGCGGUGACCAGGCGUGCGGAGAGCAAGGAGAUCGUGGUGGAGUCCAUCCCCCGGCCAGAGGAUUUGCUGGAGUCCCCAAAGUUCCCCAUGUUCGAGGGUUCAACCGGCGGCUACAUGUCCCGGUCCACUCGCGAGCGACAUGCCAUCACCUGGACGGCCAAGGACCAGAACAAGUUCGAGAUGCCCACUGGAGGCUUUGCCAUCAUGAACAAGGGUGAGAACCUUUGCUAUUUCAGGAAGAAGGAGCAGUGCAUUUCUCUGGGCAAGCAGCUGCGCAAGAUGAAGAUCGAGAACUACAAGAUCUACCGCCUCAAGAAGGAUGGCACUGUGAUCUUCAUGCACCCAGCGGAUGGCGUGUUCCCUGAGAAGGUCAACAAGGGCCGCGUGCAGGUGAACGGCCGGCCUUUCACCAUCCGGGGCAACCCUCAGCAGUCGGAGCUGAAGUGGACCAAGUACCACAUGAAGUCCUAUGAGGCUGACCCGCUGACGACUCUCUUCAUCAAGGCACGCGUGAUGGCCUUCCAGGAUAUUCCCAAUCUCUUCGCGCUGCCUCAGCCCAACAUGGAGGAGAUGGUGCCUGUGGAGGAGGUUGGAGAGUACACCAAGCAGGAGUACACCACCCGACUCAUGGAGGCCUUGAAGAGGGUCCAGGACGACCGAAAGGCCAAGGAGGCAAAGAGCCUGUGAGCGGACGUGCAUACUUUUUAGGAUCACUCAGUUGCGGCAAGACGAGGCCACGGCUUUUUGGGCUGACAGCGUGCCGUCUUACUUGGGCAUGUC